AAAAAGCCGGCGCCGCGCUCUCCGUCCGCAGUUGCGAGUAGGUCUUUGUGAGGGUCGGACCUGCAUCUAGUCAUAUUAUUAAAAAAAAUACUUAAUCACCAAUAGAUCACCAUGAAAGUGUUCGUGGCCCUAGCUGCGGUUUGCGCAAUUGCAUCCGCCCAAUCGUCCUUCAAAUGCCCCGCCAAGGACGGCCAGUACGAGGACGACCGCCAGUGCGACAAAUUCUACGAAUGUGUGGACGGCGUCGCCACCGUGAAGCUGUGCCCCGACGGGCUGGUGUUCGACCCUACUAUCAGGAAGAUCAACAAGUGCGACCAGCCCUUCAACGUGGACUGUGGAGACAGGACUGAACUACAGCCCCCCAAGCCCACCGCUCAGUGCCCGCGCCGCAACGGUUUCUUCGCCCACCCCGACCCUGCCGUCUGCAAUGUCUUCUACAACUGCAUCGAGGGCGAAGUCACUGAGACCAAGUGCACCGCCGGACUGCACUUCGACGAGUACUCGGGCACCUGCGUGUGGCCUGAUGCGGCCGGCCGUCAGGGGUGCAACGUUCAAGAGAAGAAACUGAAGGACGGCUUCGAGUGCCCCAAGCAGGCGCUAGUCGACGCUCAGGGCCAGAUCGUGGCUCACCCCAAGUUCCCGCACCCCAACGACUGCCAGCGGUUCUACGUGUGCCUCAACGGAGUGGAGCCCCGCGACCUCGGCUGCCAGACUGGAGAGGUCUACAACGAGGAGACGCAGCGAUGCGACUCGCCCGACAAUGUUCGCGGAUGUGAGGACUGGUACAAAGAUGCUGAGGAGGCGGCCCCCACGCCCAAGUCGUCUCGGUCUUAAGCUCUCUAGUGAUACGUAGCUACUUGUAACUUAACCUAAGAUUUAAUAAACAUAAGACAAACAAAUUUA